AUGCCCCAGCUUCAAGGAAGUGAGUUACUUUACAAUUUCCUCACCUCCAAAGAUGAGCUGACAUCAAGCUUUUUACCUGAUAUAAACAUUGGGAAAAUUGUUAAAUCUGUGCCAAUGAAAUUAGUGAAAGAGAGAGGUCAGCACAUUGAUCCAUUCCUGCAGUCUUUCUUGCAGUCAACAGAAGCUCCAAAGCCAAGACCAAUCAAGUUGGAGAGGAAAGGUUCUGACACGUCUUUGAAAUCAGUUACAAGUGAAAAGUUCUACAGUCCACUUUAUGAGAACAACUUCAACUGUGAGAGUUCUUAUCCUUUACCUGCACCUAAAGGAGAUCUUCCUGAAGGAAACAUAGAAGGUGUUUUUAAUAUGCUUAUCUACUUAGCUCGCAAUGUAUAUCAUAUUCCCGAAUGGUUUCACCAUGUUCUCAUCACAUGCCGAAUGUUACUCAAAAGAACUAUGGAGAGUUACUUGGACUACUACAUCGAACAGAAAUUUAUUCAGGUCAUGCAGGAAAAUCGACUGAUGCACUACAUUGAAAUCAUUAAACAUGUUUUGUUUUUUGAUACUGAUCCACCAAGGACUGAGGAUCAGAAGAGAGAAAGACGGGCGAAAACUCUUUAUGAAAUGAAAAAGUAUAUUCCAGGAAUUUUUGUUUAUAUCAUGGGGGAUCAAAAUCAUCAUGAAGGCACCAAAUUAAUUCUGGACAUCUUACAGCAACCCAAGCUCAACAAACAGUUGAGUUAUGUUCUGCUUGAUAUUGUCAUCCUUGAACUUUUCCCAGAGCUGAAAGAAACCUACAGUCCAGACACACGACUUCAGGGUCCAGAGCAAUGGAGACAUAUCGUCUCUGGUGACUGUGUAAGUCCCACACUGGAGCGUCAGUCUCUCAGGCACUUAAACUGGAUGACACGGAGACGGGGGCUGUCCUUGCUUUUUUCCUGGCUCUCUUUGCUGCCUGCUGAUCUUCCCUUGCAGCUUCUGCAAUCCCUUUCCUUUUUAUUCUUUUCUUUAAUUUCUUUUCUCUCUCUUCUGUCCUUCUCCCCACUUUUCUCUCUCUCUCUCGUCAUCAGUUUUCCCCCCUUUUCUCAACAUUCAUUUUACUCUUUUCGCUCUCAUUUCCAUUGUCUUCCCACUUCUAGUUUUCUUUCUACAUCGUCUUUUUUUUUUACGUUUAAUCCCAAUUUCUUCUUUCACCCACGCCUACCAGAGGAAAGAAAAAGUUUCUGUGUGAGAAAGCAAAAUGUCUCAUCUAUUUCUUUUGCUUCUCUCUCUCUUUUCAGAUACAUGGUCUCUCUUUCUGUCUCUCUUCCACCCGUGCUCACAUGCUCAGAAUAUUGCAUUCUUUGUGAUUAA